AUGUCGCGAAAUGUGGAGAUCAAAGCUGUAAUUAAAAGCUUUGAUGAUGUGAUCAAGAGUUCACGGCAAAUUUCCGGGAAGGAAGCCGUUAUCUUGAGGUGAAAUUUGGAAAAUUCAUUUGAAAAGUUUUUCAAAGUAUAUUUUCAUAAGUUGGAUCAAAAAUCGAACUUUUUCGAUGGGAUGAAGGUGGAACGAGAGAAUUAACUGCAACCGUUCUUUUUUGUCGUUUUUUCAGUAGUUUCAACAUCCCUUUUGGCAAAAAUACUUUCUGCGGUACAUCCAUUUUCAAAUGUGAGGAGAUGAACAUUCAUCAAUAAUCCCCCAGAAAAAUUGAUCUAAAAAGAUUCGAAACCUGACAACUGUUACCAAAACUUUGAGUCUGAGAUUAACUCCUGCGUUAAAAUUUUUUUCUUGUUCUGGAAUCCGGGGACCUGGUAUACAUAUCACCAAAGUUUCAUCGAUACUCUCGAAUCGUUCAUUUCUUAGACAGCACGAUGUAUUUUACAACUCUCCAAAUGGGCGUCUGAAGCUAAGAAGCGUUACUGAAGCAGGGAAUGUGAGCAAGAUAUAAGGAAAAUUGUCAAAAAUCUUGCGUUUUGGCAGAAGAAGACGGAACUCAUUUGGUACGAUCGACCGGACGUCGCUGGUCCAAAGGUCAGCAACUUCACAAAAUUCGACGUGCCGGAGAGUUUGAUUGAAUCGAUGAAGGUUUUUUUUUUUGGAUUUUUAAGUCAUCGUAGCAAAAUGAGUUUUAGGCGACACUGCAAGCAUCUAUGGGAGUGAAAGGAGAAAUUAAAAAGGUUGUAAGGAAUCGACUCUUAAUUUGCUUCAAUUUCGUUUUGACUAGGAAAGAAGCCUAUUUUUGUACGGACAAACGCGCAUUCACAUUGAUCGUGUUGAAGGUCUUGGAGAUUUCCUGGAACUUGAGGUAGGACUUAUCUUUUGAAUCGCCUGGCUGGGUUUAUUCUCAAAUUUCGAGAUUUUUUUAAAUUCAUUUUUUUGAAAGAAGAUUUAGUUUCUGAUCAGGGAAAGCAAAUUUGACUCAAAAGUUCCCUUAUGAGCUUUCAGCCCUUUUGGGGAUACUCGCAGGAGAGUGUUCUGAGGUGGAAAGGCCUCUGUACUUAGACAAUUCCGGAGAGCGUCAACAGAAUUUGAUUAUAGAAGUUCGACUCACGUUUUUUUGAAUUUAAAAUCUCUGCUUUGGUGGAUAAAGAAGAAAUUCACUUUUUAAACUUUUUCUGCCUAGCUAAAUGCUGAAAUUCCAUUUUGAAGACUUUCGAAUAUAUUUUUUCUCAGUUGCUUUUCUAAUUUCGUAGAAGCCGUAGAAGUCUCGUGUUAAAAUAACGAUUUUUUGAGCAUCCCUUACAAGUUCUAUUGUGUUAUUUCAUCUUCAAGGUGUAUCCUCUGGCUUGUUAUUUUUUUCAUUCAGAAAAAUUAUAAGCUGGAACAAAUUGAAGGUGUGUCUGGCCGAAGACGAUACAGUGGAUAAAGGAGAGCACAUCGCUAGGGAAAUCUUGCGAGAACUUGGAAUUAAACACGAGGAUUUGCUCGAGGGCGCCUACAUGGACAUGCUCAUCAACGCUGGCAAAUGA